UAUCUUCAUUUUCUCCUAUAUUUGCUGGUGUAGAUUUUGAUUUGUGGUUUGCUUUUACUAUUUGCCUAGGAGUUUGUAGUGUCUUUCGGCGUUUUGGUGAAUUUUCUUGGGAUCUUCGGUUUUUCAGUUAUAGUGAAUUUUCUUGGGAUCUCCGGUCUUCGGCGCUUUUGGAGAAUCUUGGUUUCUUCGAUCUUUUAGCGUUUUGGGGAAUUUUCUUGGAGUCUUCGGCAUUUUGUCUUCGGCGUUUUGAUCUUCAGUCUUUCGGUGAAUCUUGGUAUCUUCGGUCUUCGGCAUUUUUGGUGAAUUUUCUUAGAGUUUUUGGUAUUUUGGUGAGUAUUUCACCUGUCUUUCAGCUGUUUACUGUCUUUCAGCAGUUUACAUGUCUGAACUUGUGGUUUUUGGGUCUUUCAGCGUUUCAGUGGUGA